CCUCCAUCUCUCUUGCAUCUCCUCUCGACACUUGUUCCAUCAUCCACCCACACACCUGUACAUGCUGCUUGUACAUACUGUUAAGCAGUUUCCUGUCGACGUCUCACGUGAAGUGGUUUUCAACUUGCUCUCGCUCUGCUGCCUUCUGUUACAACUCCCGUAGCGUUCCUGGCAUUAGCUCGCGCCUUCACCCUGGUUGCAUACUACCCGCCUGGACCCCGCCUCACCCCACUCGAAAGCCUACCAUCACCUUUGGCACCACCACCCAUCAUACAAACAUACCCCCCCCCCUCUGGCCAUCACCUUCGACAGCCAUGGCGGAGUUUAAUGAUAUGCCGGCAGAGAUACGCAACAUGAUUUACGAGCCACUACUUUCCCAGUCGCAUUCCCAAAACACUGUUGAGCGGCUCCGCAGCAAUAACGCAUUCUCCCUGUUCACUGUUUCCAAGCAAAUCCACGACGAAACAACAUCCUACUUUUAUCAAAACAACAACAUCAAAAUCUACACGCCGUCGCAGACAACUGAGACUGCUACUAUUCUCCCUCCCAUCGCCGAUAGGUAUCUUCGGUUUCUCGGCCGCGUCAGAGUGCUGGCCACGAUCGCCACUGCAGAGUCAACCACGCACACCAAAGUAGCCGGCACUAUCGCAUCCCUAGCGAAUAUCGGUGCAAAGUUCGAAGAUGUUCACAUCUUCAUCAACUCCUCGCUCUCUCGGCUAGUUAAUAAAAUGGUCGAUGACUCGAUCCUGGACGCCGAUCAUCCAAUCAUCGUUGCCUUGCAGAAGUUACUCGGUUCUGGGGUCGCUGAGGUUGUGCGUCUUUCUCUCCCUGGCGCUUGGUUAACGCCCAGUGUCGCUCAGCAUCUCAAGAGCCAAUAUGGAGAUCGUAUUCUCUUCAUUGGCCGAGAUGGAUCACCCUGUGAUGCGGCAUGUAUAGAGAAGUCAAAGACCGGUGUCCAUGUAACCAGGCACAUGGCUACACUAGGCCUUGACAAAGAAGCCAUGGAACACGCCUAUUCUGACGACGAAGACGAAUUCGACCAACCAACUCCUUCCUCCGUUCCAUCAUCAUUCGGCUCAGCGUUGGCAGAUCUGGAUACGUUCUCGGUCACAAGAUACGAGACCAGCCCCGAAGAUGCUAAGAAUGAUGACUCAACGGGUGACUCUGCAGGUGGCGACUCUUUCUUUUCCGAAGCCGACCUAGAAGAGUGGGCAACCUCCGGUGAAAAUGGUGUGCAAGAGGAGCCGUCACAACCUGAGGACGUUGAUGUCGACGACGACGAGCUUGACGAAGAGCUUGACGACAUGUCCGACGAUGGGUUUGAUACCAUCAUGGGUAACAUGGACGAUAUGGCGCAUCACAUAGCGAACGAGGCGGAUAUCACAUACCUGGUCAAUUUUGCACCGGAGCUGCUCCAGGUUGGACACAAUCUUGAUCACUUGAUGUAAGUGUCGGUAUGACUUGAAGUCGUAUCGCAUUUGCCCAAGGGGAACUAUAUAUGACGGCUUCGUGUAUGUAUCACGGCCAUCAUUGUUUACUUUCUUACUACGGUUCUUUUUACUACAGACUCUAUCUGGUGUUCACAGCAUUCUUGGGCAUAUUCGGCGUCUGGCGACUAUCCCACAUUGGAUACCCCAACAUCUUCGGUUUCUUUCCUUUCUUGGGCGCACUGGUAAACGCAACGCAGCGUUCAUGGCGGGCGGUAAAAGGAUUUGCGGGUCAAAAAUAGAGUCUGGCAUAUGUUGUUCUUGUAGAUUGCCCUUGGAUAGGCGAACAUUAUCAUCACUGCGGG